UUACGAUGAUACAUCGAAUAAGUACAACGGAAAGAAUGAAAUUAAUUUAUCUCGUCCUAGUAUUUCUGAACCCUAUUAGAAACGUGAAGAUGAACGGUGAAUCGAGCGGGGAAUAUCUUCAAAAGGUAAUGAUCCAACUUCAAGAGUUUAAUGUUCCACCUCCCAUUAGUAUUUACGACCGAUUGUCAUCGAACAAAGAUUACAAGAAUGUAAUUUAUAUGAAUAAAGAUCGACAUAAUCACGCUGUUCAAAGGAUCAAUAUGAAUGCACGACAAAAUACACGACGAUAUCAAAACCAAAGUUUUCAGCACCAAAAUAUGUUACUUAACGAAAAGGUUGAUUCAACUGAUUUAAGCUUCCCGCAUUAUCACGAGUCCCGCAUUCCUAUCGUUAAUAAGAUGCGAGAAUCAGAAAUGCUUGGAUUUACAAGGGCAGAAUUAGCGGCGAUGUACAAAAGUGCAUUAGAAAAAGGGUCGACGAUCAGUUUGUCUUCAUUAACCAAAGCACUUUCCUCCGGUGAAAUGCCUCAGAUUACUCAAACUCACGUGGAAUUUCCAGUCAAACAGCCUCUCUAUCAAUAUUACUUCUUUCCAUUAAAAACCUUUAUGUCAGAAUUUAAAAAAAAUCAUGGUUAUAAAACAAUUCCUGCCCAUGCAUUUGACAAUACGGAAGCUGCACAAACUACUCAAACACAGUUGUCAAACCCUCUAUUUGUAGCCAUAAGUACUUUUAUCACCAUGGCUAUUAUAUUCAUGAUGAGUGUUCUAUUCUUACCAAAAUUCACUCAACUUGAUAUAUUACCUGCGCGAAGUAUUCAAGAUGAUUUUUUUUAUUUAACGAACAUAGUUACGAAUGCUAUCGAACGUUACAAUAUUUUGGAUAAAUUUAAGAAUCAUCGCAUAAAUUCUAUCAAAUAA